UGUCGAGCUACAAGCUACACAAUGGCGCAUUCAAUUCUGCUCUAUCUUUCAUUGGCGCUACUGUGCUUCGGCGCUACACAAGCGCAGGACCUUGCAGGACCUGCUAGAACUGCUGUCAAAAUGCUGGAAACGGUUACGAUGGUGCCAGUGCGUUUGCUAUACGCACUGCUAAAUGAGCGCAUGCCAAAGAAUCAUUUUUCAGCUGAUUUGGAUUUAAGAAAUGAUCUAAUAACGAUUGUUAAAGGUAAUCGAGGUAUGGGCAUUAGUGCAACAAGCUCUGAUGGCUUUACUGGUCAGUCUGGCUAUCAAGCUGGCCAAGCAUAUCCAGCAGGCGCAGUAUAUACGCAAGAUCCAGCUCAAGAUCAAGUAUAUGCGGCAAAUAAUAAUGAACAGGUAACUGAAAUUUAUGCACCACCAAUUGAGCUGCCACCCAUUGAAAGGCCACCGAAUUUCCAAUGGACUGCUACGCGUGUUUUAACUAUACUAACCACAUUGAAGGGUAACCUAGGCAUACCCGAGUUUGUGCGCAUACGCGGCAAUCCCAUAGACUUACUAUUUACUGUACUGGGUAUACCCGAUCCGCGUGCGCCCUUCAAUUUACUACCCGACAAAGAUCUGAAUGGUGAAAUUCACUAUGAGCCGCCACUUGUGCAACAGCAAGUGCAGCCAGUCUAUGGCAUUGCGCCUAGGCUGUGUACUGGCUGCAAUCAAUCCAUCAUUAGCAGACUUAUCAAUCAAUUGACUGGCGGCUUGGUUAACAUACGUUUUGGUCCCGCAUCUGGAUUUGUGGGCACUUUAAUAAACCGUUUAACAUUGGGUCUUAUAAAUCUACAAACUGGCAUACAAGUGCCCACAUUCUUUGCGCGCAUGAUUGGACUGCUGCCUGCACCGCCAGGUCAAACUGGAGUUGGUGCUAGCUUCCGCUUCAGACUGCCUGGCAUUCCAUUUGGCAUACGCUUUACCUGGCCUGGCAUGUUCGCUGGUCUCUUCAGUCGCGCAAGUGGCAGCGUCUAUACGCAGCAGCAGCAACUUACAGGCUACAAUCCUGAACCAGGAUUUAUGAGUUUACUAUUUCGCAUCAUCUUUGGACGCUGGCCUAUUGGAUUCGCUCAACCAAUUGUAGGUGCUCCUGCAACUCCUAUGCAAAAUUUGGGACGCAUGUUAAGCACAAUUGUGGGAUAAGCUUAUGCAUGCCCAUUGGUGAAUGGAUAAAGCAUAUAAAAAAAUUAAUAAAACCUAAGCAGCAUUUUAUAUUUAUAUUUG